AUGGAGUUGGCCGCAGCACAAAUUAGAACUCUGGCGCAGACCGCUGAUAAAGCUGGUCGUCAGGAGAUUUUGAGCACAUUGAACAAAUUGCAGUCAGAAAUUGAAGAUCCCAUGGAAAUGCUGAUGCGACUUUCUAAUUUUAAUAUACUUAUUGCAAUGUUUCGUGUUGCUGUUCAUGUGCAACUUUUCCAAGCACUCGAUAAGUCUGAAUCCUUGGAUAUUGAUGAGAUUGCAAAAGCGACAGGCGUAACAUCUGAGCUUCUUACGAGAAUCCUUCGGUAUCUAGCAUCUAUGAACGUUAUCAAAGAAAACCCGAACGGCCGAUACACGGCCAACAACAUCACCCGAUUUUUUACUAAUUCUCGAGUGCAAGGUCAAGUCCUUCACGGAUUCGAGACAAAUAUUCCGGUGGCUCGUGAGCUUUUCGAUUUCCUGGCUACCACAAAUUAUCGAGAGAUCACAGAUAACAAACAUACACCAUUCCAGAAAGCGUACAAUACCAAUUUACAUCCUUUUGAGUGGUUUGCUCAGAAUAAAAAACGUUUCGAGCACUUUCAUGAAGGAAUGGCCGCAAUGGCCUCGGCAGCGUGGAUUGACGUAGUCGAAGUAUUUCAGAAGGCGGCCGAGCAAAUCCCACACGCGACUCCAAAGGCAGAUGAAGUUCCAUUUUUCGUGGAUGUUGGAGGUGGCUAUGGUCAUCAAAGUGUCCUGGUUGGGAGAUUAUACCCCAAUCUUUUGCAUCGCAUUGUGUUUCAAGACUUACCGCAAACCCUGGAUCAGGUUUCUGUGAUCGAGGGAAUCGAAGCACAGGCACAUGAUUUCUUCACGCCGCAACCGAUCAAAGGCGCCAAGUUCUAUUAUCUUCGUCGAGUCAUGCAUGACUGGCCCGACGCAGACGCACUGAGUAUUCUCCAACACCUGACCCCUUCCCUGUCAACAGACUCCCGCAUAUUAAUCGAUGAGAUCGUAAUGCCGGAUCAGUCGGCUCACUGGCAUUCUACGAUGAUUGAUCUGUCAAUGAUGAUGGCAUUUGCAGGCAAGGAACGUUGUGCGCAGCAAUGGAAAGACUUGGCGGCACGAUCAGGCUUGCGUGUCGAGGGAAUACAUACUUAUGAUGCAGCAUCUUAUGCCUCUGUCAUAGUUAUGGUUUCAACUCGGCAACUUUAG